GAAAGUGAAGGUGUGGCCUGCAUGUGAAGACUCUCAGUGGUCAGUCAGGCUUGAUGAAGACGAGCAUCUGCAAUGCUUUGCUUUCCCAAACAAACAUCCACUUCCAAAACGGGCGCCAUGGCGACCAUGCGGCAGCUCCUUCAAGUUGCCACAUUCUUCUUCUACCUCAUGCCCUCUGCGCUGUGCGGCAACUUGCGCUGCUUCUUCAGGCCCAUCCUGGAGAAGGACUACGAAUUGGAGUCCAUCGUGACCGAGUGCCCCCCGGAUGAGGUAUGCUUCAAAGCUGAGGGUCGCUACGGCAACUUCAGCGCUCUGUCCGCAAAGGGCUGCCUGCCGAAGAGCGUGUGUAGCCUGGAGCACGACCUGUCAUACAAAGGGGUUGUCUACAAGAUGCGCUACGCUUGCUGUGACCGGCCAUAUUGCAACGGCUGUAUGGGCCUCUUUGCCAACACCUUCUUCAUCACCGUAGCACUUGUGACUGUUGCUGUGAUGGUCGGAAGCUGAGGUCCAGUGAACGUCAUGCGUCGGGUUAUCACAUUUUCAGCAUGGACUUAUGUGGCGGGCUAUCUGGAGACACUGAGCUGUAGAUUUUUAAGGUGUUUUAUUAUUUCUUUCUUUUUAACAAAGCUGUUUUUAGAAUAGCAUUUCCAGGGAAUGAAAGUUUAAUAAACCAUGGUUUGUGUCACAAAAUUCCACGCAUUCGAAAAAUGCCUAACAGGUCAGUCACCUCAAUGAAAUUGAUAAGGGUGAAGAAUUUAGUCACGUGGUCACCCGAUAAACUAACACUUAACUUGUAUUUCUCCUCCUUCUUCUUCUCUUUCUUCUUUGUAAUUUCCGGAAGUCUGUGGAACCAUGCUGCCUCUCACAGGUCAGUCUUGGUAGUAUGCCACAUACUGUCGGCUGACAGUUCCGAUGUCCGUGGUGCGCUGCGCUGGUCAAUUUGAGUAUAGCAUACCCCGCCAUUUGCAGCCCGCCAUCUGUUGUUUAGCAGCCCACAACAUACUAAGAAUUACAUUUGAAGUGAAAAAAGAAAAAAGGGAGGGAGGGGGGAUGGUUUCGCGAUACCCACAUCCCCCAUAGGUGCAGUGCCCCUGACAAGUGCCUCAAUUGCUAUUAAUAAAUUGGUAUUAUAUAGAGCUUUUCGACUUUUACAAAAUGCAAAUAGACUAUUUGCAACUAAAAUAGUAACAAAAUGUCUCUAUAACGCCCCAGUUAAUAUAUUUCAGUUUCAGAAGCACAAAUGAUUUGCUCUACUUUCUGCUCAGUGUCAAGGUCCCGUUUGUGAACAUCUGCCAUUCUUGCUCCUCAAGUAACUGCUUUCAAAAUGGUCAGCUGACUACAGAUUAGUCUCGUUUUGGAUGUGCACAGUCCAGGGGCCGAGUUAGAAGUAUUUACUGUAAUUGGGAUACACGGCCACAGGCCACCCCAAAACCAGGAAAAAUCCUAAGCGAUUUGCCUCAUCACCUUUGGCGGUAAAUCAGUGAAGAGUUGAAGCAAGGUGUACAAUAUGAGGUUUGGGC